AUGUCAUCUGGGAAAAGUAUCUCUUUCUCGGACCAGUCGACUUUGUCUUCCGGUCCGGUAGAACAUAUACAUCAUCUACAGAAUAUCGUCAUUAUAGGUGCAAGCGUCGCUGGUCAUACACUCACCGAUGAGUUGAUGCACAAGUUACCUGAAACUCAUCGAAUUAUACUCAUUGAUGCUUUGGACUUUUCUUAUUGGCCCUUGGGAUCAUUACGAGCGUCUGUCCGACCCGGAUGGGAGAAAAAGAUCUUUCGCCCCUUCACCCAAGAAACGGUAUUUCCUAAAGACUCAAGACAUCGGGUCGUUCCUGGUACACGAGUGGUGAAACUUCGUAAAGAUGCGGUGGUGUUGGACAAACCUUUUGAAGGUAGUCGGGUAGUCCCAUUUUUUAAAGCGGUCUUAGCCACAGGCUCCUCCCAAGCAAGCCCUAUGCGAGUUCAGAAUGGCGCCAGUCAAGCCGACGCUGAAUCUAUCCUCAUUCAGAUGCAAAGCGAGAUCGCUGUUGCAACCAGAGUGGUCAUCAUCGGCGGUGGUCCAGUGGGCAUAGAAAUGGCCGGGGAAAUCCGCUCUCAACAUCCCAACACCGGAAUCACUGUCAUACACGAUGGUCCUCGUAUCCUCGAACGCUUUGUCUCCUCCGCGCCUGACCUCAACAACAUGUUUGACAAUACCACCUUGUCUCAAGCAGCAGACCAGCACUACGUCGCCCCUGCUGCUAACCCGAAGCUCUCCGCUGCUUUGACCAAAUUACUCAAUGAUCAUCACGUUGAGAUCAUCACGAAUGAAAGGGCUGUCCCUUCGACUGAUCUGCCCAAUGGGUGGGAUGGGGUUGCAGGUCCUCAAGAUGGGAUCAAGAGUAUUCGUUUGAGAAGCGGUAGGACUGUGGUGGCUGAUUAUGUGUUCAUCAGUGUCGGGAAUAGGUUCAAUGUGCGUUUGGUAGAGGCUGUGGAUAAGGGAGCGUUGAUUAGUGGGAUGAUAAGAGUGGAUGAGUUUCUUCGGGUUCGAUCGACCAAUAUCGGUUCCAUCCUCGAAGGAGGUUAUUAUGCCAUUGGGGACUGUUGUUCUACACCGGGUUGGAAGACGAUGCAAGGCGCUAAAGCAGAUGGAGAAGGGGUUGCGCCGAACAUUCUCGCGGAAGUACACAACCUACCUGUGAGGAAAUACAAACGUCCCGUCAUGCAUGGAAUGCUUCUACCCAUGGGUCCAGAGUACGGAAGAGGAUAUAUGACUCUUCCUCUUAUUGGGGAUGCUCACCUACCUGAAUUUAUGGUAAAGAAAGUCAAAUCUGGGACACUUUUCGACCCCGACUACUUCCUCGCCCGAUUCAACGGUGAGGAUAAAGUCGAGCCUUUCGACGGUUGGGGUAGUGUCAAACCGAAACAACGUCCGAAAGAUUAUGUUCCCGAUCCUGUCGAGAUGGAGAAAAAGAGGUAUAUCGAUACUAGUCUUUUGGUCAGGGCGUUACAACGAAAGUACAGUUUUGGGGAUAAAGAUCAUGUUUGGAAUGGAAAGAAGGAUAAGACUCCGUAUUAUCAGUAUCACGCCGCGUGAAGAAGAAGAAGAAGGAAAACAGGUCAAAAUAAUGUUUGGAUACAUAUGAAAAAUUUGUUUAUAUAACCAGUGGUAUAUCACACAGGAAGAUCGGGGGUUUCGAGUUGUAAUAAUUUGAAUUGUCGAGGUGUAUGUAUGAAAUGUCGGUAUGU